AUGGAUAUGAUAACUAAAGGUGCUGGUUCACCUAGUAAUAGCAGUUCGUCGACGUCUAGCGCAAAAUAUCUAGAUUACUUACAAAAAGCAUCAGAUUCCAGUCCCUCUAUCCUACUAGAAUUGGAUAUGGCUGGAACAAUUAAUUAUAUAAGUGACGUAUGGGAUAACGUAGUGGGUACAACUUCUAAAACUUUAAUAGGUACCCCAAUUUCAAACAUCUUGGUGGGAACUCAACAUGAUAAAGAAGUUUUUCAAAGAGCUAUAAGUAUAAUGCUGAAAGAUGACGCAAGUUAUAAAGUAAAAUUCGUUGUAAAUACACCUAAAGAUAAUGAUGAUGAUAUUAAUCUAUCAGAUGCAAUUGACACCGAUGAUGACAUAUCUCAUCUUUUAGAAUUGGAAGCUCAAGGUAUUUUAAUACAUGACAUUAAAACACACAAACCUUUACACUCCAUGUGGAUUAUCAAACCCUUUUAUGAAAUUGAUGAACUUGAUAAUUUACCGAUAGAGUUGGUUACAAAGUUAGGGUUUGGUGCCAUCAUUUUUCAACAAUAUUUGGAUCUAAUUGAAAGUUUAAUGGUUAUGGAUGAACUUACCAUGCCUCCGCCAAAACAGGAGUUUUGCCAUAUAUGCGAAACAGUGGUGGUUGCAUGGUGGUUGGAAGCACAUUCUCAACUAUGCCUUUGUGAACAUAAUUUGGAGACCAAUAUCCAAUUGUUGCACGAUGAAAUAACUGAACAGAAGGGAAAGCUAAAAGAAUUGAAAGAUUUAUUGGUAGAUAGCAACAACAAUAAUAAUACUCCAAACACUUUAAUAGUGACGCUUGGUCAAGAGAGUUUUGAAAUUGACACAUCCAUGUGUGAUAACAAUACAUACGUUGUUAUAGACACAAUUUUAAAUUUAUGCCAGGAUGCAAUAGAUAUUAAUAUGAGUGAAUUAAAAUCUGACGAUAAUAAUGGUACUACCAAUAAUAUACUCCUUAAUAAUAGAAACAAUAUAGAAUAUAAAUUUUCACCAAAGACCAAAAAAAAUCUCGAACAAGUCAAUAAUUGGAAUUCAAGAUUAGAAACAUUGAGAGGUAGUCUAAAAUCAGAUGGAUUGAAGCAGUUUUGUAAUGCUAUAGUACAAACUACAAGGAGAAAAGUAGUGGAAAUUUUAAGGCUAGACAACGCACAGAAAUGUUCAUUAAAACUAAAAAACGAAGUGGACAUUUUUGUUUUAGAAUUAAUCAAACAAAGAAUCGAAAGUAAUAAAUUAAAUUACAACGCUAUUAAUAAUACCUCUAUUUUAGAGACGUGUAAUAAUAAUAAUAAUAAUAAUACAAUUGCUGUUGCCGCUACUAAUACUACCAACGCUAACAAUAACAAUAGCAAUAAUAAUAAUAUAUACAAUUCUACAUCCUCAUCUCCUUUAUCUUCUUCCUUAUAUACGGUUGAUAAUACAUCGUUAGUACCUAUUAUCCAAUCUCCUAUUCCAAAAAAACUACAAAAACAAAUUUUUUCUGAUGCAUAUGUUAAAAAUAAUGAACAAGGCAUUCUUCCAGUCAAAUCACAAAGUUAUAGACAACAAAAUACUAAUAAUAAUAAAAAGGAGAAUGAUAAAAAUGCACAAGAUAGUUAUUUUGAAAAAGAAGAAACAAAUAAACCCAUUAAAACUUCAUCUGUAAUGGAUCAGCACACAACCAACAGCCCUACUGCCAGCGAAACUAGUAAUAAUAAUGAUAAAUGCAAUCUUAUCAACAAUUUGAACAACAACAAUAAUACUACUAACAAUCGCAACAAUACUAUUAGAAAUAACCAUUUUACUGAAAAAUCUAAUUCAGUUACUUCAUUCCGUGAACUUUCUCCUAAAACCGAGUCAGAUGGAACACCCAUUAUUCAAAAAACAUUUCCCCUAGGUUCUCAAAGUUCAAGAACAAAUUUAGAAAAACUUUUAACAGAUUAUACCGCCAGUAGUACCUCUUUAUCUUCUAAAAAUAGUACAAACGCCUUUGGUGUAAUGCGUUCCUCAAGUGUACACAAACUUAACAAUGGUACGCUAUCUACCACUCCUAGAAGAGGCUCUCCGCUAUUAGUUUCCGCAAAUACCCCAUUGUCUAUCAUUCAGAAAAAUCCAACAGCCAAGAGUGUGAUGGAGAAAUCACCCAUGGUUUCGCCUUUUCAACACCCCUUAGAUCCAUCCAUCAAUGCCAGUGGUAAUGCCAGUAGCAAUAAUUAUCCUAAUAGCUCACUUUCUCCCUUGUUACUUGCUACUAAUCCACCAAAUACAGUGCGGUCAUCAAGCUCACCGAGGAUUGUGGAUUACGAUAUCAUCAAACCAAUCAGUAAAGGUGCAUUUGGUAGUGUAUAUUUGGCAAAACGUAAAUUGACGGGUGACUAUUUUGCCAUCAAAGUUUUGAAAAAAUCGGAUAUGAUUAGUAAAAACCAAGUUACAAAUGUUAAAGAGGAGCGUGCCAUCAUGAUGUCACAGAGUAACAAGCCUUAUGUUGCCAAGUUGUAUGCUACGUUCCAAAAUAAAGACAAUCUUUUUUUAGUCAUGGAAUAUUUAAGCGGUGGUGAUAUAGCUUCAUUGCUCAAAGUUAUGGGAACAUUGCCAGAUGAAUGGACAAAACAAUAUAUCAGUGAAGUUGUUGUUGGUGUGGAGGAUAUGCAUAAGGAUGGUAUUAUUCAUCAUGAUUUAAAGCCGGAUAACCUAUUAAUUGAUUCUAAGGGCCACGUGAAGCUAACUGAUUUUGGAUUAUCUAGAAGAGGAUUAGUUAAUCGUCAAAGAAAGGCACUGGCUAAUGUUGGUACUUCAUUUCCUUCAUCUUUAUCCACUCCAAUCUCUUCAAACUUAGCUGCUACGUCUAUUUUAGUCGCCAAUUCCAGGUCUAGGUCUAUAGAUAAUACAAGUAGACGAUCCUCUGUGUCUUCCGUUUUAGAUGAUACCAACAAUAAUUGUAACAUCCAUGGCAACACUAACAAUAACACAUUAAUGUCUCCUACGAGUGCCGGGCCGCCCAACGUUGAGGGUUUACCCUCUUCAAACAUAACCCCUAGUGGAAUUUUAGAGGCACCGAUGUUAAAGAGAACCGACUCUCACGUUUCUUUUUCUAUCAACCAUAAUGAUAUUAUAUCAAGGGCAAAUAGUCCGCCACCUUUCUCUCUGACAUUAGGAUCCGGAAAAUUAAGAAAAAGUUCUGCUAAUUCAGAUAAUAGUGAUAUUACUGGACAUUCUACCUUGAAUGAUUUGGUAAUUUAUGAUUUACAUGAUUCCAAUAGACAAAAUAAAAAAUUUCUUGGCACUCCCGAUUACUUAGCGCCAGAAACUAUAUCAGGGACUGGUGAGUCGGCGGCAUCUGAUUGGUGGUCAGUAGGUUGCAUUCUUUUUGAAUUACUGUUAGGUUACCCACCGUUUCAUGCUUCUUCACCUCAACAAGUAUUUAAAAAUAUCUUGACCGGAAAGAUAGACUGGCCAACUUUUCCCGAUCAGGAAACCGAACGGGAGUUUUUAAGUCCAGAUGCUAAAGAUUUAAUUACAAAAUUGUUGGUUUUGGUUCCGCAACAAAGGUUGGGUAGCAAUGGCGUUGAAGAAAUUAAGGCACAUCCGUAUUUUAAAGACGUAGAUUGGACACAGGUUUAUGAUGAGGAAGCUUCUUUUGUUCCAGUACAGGAUAAUCCAGAAAACACGGAUUAUUUUGAUUUACGAGGGGCCACAAUGGAUUUAGAUUUUGAGUCACUUGAUGACGACAUUUCUCAUCUGGAGACCCAACAGCAUCAAUCAGAGAACUUGAGACCGGAUUCCUCCUUACCAGGUGUGAAUAAUAAUCCAAGCAGCGUGUCUUCAAUGUUGGAAUCGUUUGACCACGAUUCCUCGUCCUCCUCAUCUAAUAUGGCUAUGCUAAACUUGUUAAGUCCUAGUGCAAUUACGAGCUAUUCGCCAAGGGAAAGAAGGGGUAGCAAGUUGAGUGAAAAUCAAACUGAAUUUGGAUCUUUCAACUUCAGAAAUAUCAUAGCAUUGGAUAAAGCCAACAAAGAUGUUAUUCAUAGAUUGAAGACAGAGCAUUUAUCUGAGCAACAACCCUUUAUUUUUCAAAGAGGCCAAUCUUUGUCUGUUGGUUCAGAUUCUUCCACAAAACUACUAAAAUCUUCAUUUUCAAGCCUGAGAAGCUCUUUUAGUAAAAGCCAUUCCCCCAUUCGACGUGACAGCAAUGAUAGUAACAAGGGCAGUAGUAACUUGUCCCACACAAUAAAUAGUAAGAAACCGUUGAUAAAUAUAUCUGAUCAAUAUACCGAGGAAGAUAAUAGUAGCUCUGCCGGGUCUACCCCCAAAUUUAAAUCACCGAUGUCACCAUCUGUAGCCAACUUGAAUUUGGGCGUCAAACCAAAAGAAUUAUCAAUUUUAGUUACAGACUCAUCAACUUCAACUGUCCAAUCUGCAUCCAUUAACAGCGAGGUAAAUUCAUCAGAAGACGCGAGAUUUAAUGCCUUGAGUAAGUUGAACACUGUUAGAAAAUCCAGAAGGAGAAGCUACAGGAGAACCUCUUCUACUGAUGAAAACAAUGUUGGUGCGCCUGUUUUAAAAUUUGAUUUGGAUAUUUUGCUUUGUGAGCCAAUUCCAAUUCAUAACUACGGUAUGGUAAAGAACUUGAAAUCUUUAGGAUGUAGAGUGGUAUCUGUAUCUAGUGGGGAUGAAUUGGUUCGUCGUGCGACUAGUGACGUAAAAUUUGAUAUAAUAUUUACAACACUGAAAUUGCCCAAGCUUGAUGCUAUUGAUAUUGUUAAAUUAUUGCGAAACACUAAUGGUGCCAAUUGUAACACAUCAAUUGUGGCUACCACUGUUUUUUCAAAUGAAGCAGCCAAAUUAGGUAUUUUUGAUGAUGUUAUAGAAAAACCAAUCAUGUUGAACACAUUAAGUAAGAUUUUAUCUAAAUACGCCCUAAAAAAGAUGCAAGAUGAUGAAGAUACAAUAAUAAGUGAUGCUGAAAGCGAUGCUUUUUAUGAUGCAAGCUCCAAUGAUUAG